AAACAACAAAACGACAUUAAACAAAUUGUAAUUUACGCUAUCUUCGCACCAUGGAAUUCCGCCUGAAGAAACGCCCGCGAACCGAGGUCAAGGUGGAGGUGGUCAGCCUGGAGGCCAAGUAUCCGCACAACGUGAUGAUGUACCACUAUCCGCCGACGGACGACGUGCACAUCGAGGAGUUCGAGGAGCUGGCUCUGGAGCGGCUGCGCCUCCUCCGCAUCCUCGACCGCGCCAGCACCCGGAAUCUGCGCCUGCUCUCCGACGAGUGGAAGGAGUACGUUAGUGCCGAGCUGACCCGCGAGGGUCUGCGCAGCUACCUGCGGCUCUGCUCCGCCGGCGGAGGAGGAGGCUCGAAGCAGGAGGCGGACAUCCAAACCCGCCGGCGGGACUACCUCUCCCACUUCAUCCUGCGGUUGGCCUACUGCCGCUCCGAGGACCUCACCCGCUGGUUCGUGGCCCGCGAAAUGGAGCUCUUCCGGUAUAAGUUUCAAGCCCUCAGCAGCGGAGAAGUGAAGCAGUUCCUGGAGGCCAACCACUUCGAGAUCCAUCCGCUGACGGAGGUGCAGAAGGACGAGGUCAAGGACGGGCUGUACGAGAGCACGGCGGGUCAGAGUGUGGCCAAGAUCGAGCUGCUCGAUUUCUACAAGGUGCCCUUCACCCAGGUGCUCGAUUUGGUGCGCGGUCGUCGCUGCUAUUUAAAAGCAGGCUUUGCCUACGUAAACACCCACGAUCUGGUCUCCAUUGUGGGCACGCGGCAGCAGGACGAGAUCGAGCAGGGCCUGCAGGCGGCCAAGGGUCUGGUGGAGGAGGUCGAGGGCGACGAGCGCAUCUCGCGGAUGCUGAAAGCGCUGCACAACUCGUACACCGGCAAGGAUUACACCGUCUGCCGGGAUGCAGCGAUUCCCAUUGAGUCGCUGGACCAGCUCUCCAAGACCUCCAUGCCGCUGUGCAUGCGCAUGUGCCACGAGCACAUUCGUGCCCAGCAUCACAUGAAGCACGGCGGCCGGAUGCAGUACGGCCUGUUUCUCAAGGGAAUUGGCGUCACGCUCGAGGAUUCGCUGCGCUUCUGGCGCGAGGAGUUCACCAAGAAAAUGGACGCAGAUAAGUUUGCGCGGAGUUACGAGUAUAACAUCUAUCACAACUAUGGAAAGAAGGGCUCCAUGGUGAACUAUGCACCGUAUUCCUGUGCCAAGAUCAUCAAGGAUAUGGCCACGCCGGGCGAUUGCCAGGGAUGUCCUUAUAAGUACAUGGACCAGGGCUCUCUGAAGACCAAACUCUCCUCCUACGGCCUCUCCGCCAGCGCUGUUGAUGAGGUAAUGUUCUUCGUCUCCCGCGGUCACUAUCAAAUCGGCUGCGGCAAGUACUUCCAGCUGACCCACAACGCAGCCGUGGAGCCAACGAUCAAUCAUCCGAACAACUACUUCGAGGAGAGCCAAAUAACGAUGGGCAACCGGCAGAAACGCACCAAUGGCCCGGCUCCACCGAAGGCCAGGAUGCGGCCGGAUAUCAAGGGCUGCGGGGAUCGCUCUAUGCUAAUGGGCGACGACGAUGAUGAGUUGUGGCGCAUUGCCGAGACCCAGGAGCGCGUCCUGCAGAGCCAAAAGGACAUCUCAGAGGCCUUCAACGAUGACCUAGAUCUUACGCAAAUCGAUUACUAAGCGUUGUACAAAGUAAAAUAAGGAUAUAGUAUACAUAAGUACUGAAAGUAAGAAAAAUAUACACGAAAUGCUAAAUCAAAAUGCUCUUGAAAUAAUAACUAAUAUUAACAUUAGUUGCCCUAUUUAUCAGGGACCGAAAAUAACUGUUAUUGUACAUUUUUAUUAGAAGGGACCACGAUUUUUAUUAGCCGCUGCAGUUUACAAAUCCGUAAUGGUUUUUAUUUUUUGAUUUUUAUAAUAAAACUAAAAAAUUUUAAAAAAGGCAA